GUUGGAUGUGUUUUGCUUGAUUUUUAAAUUUAUUCUGAAGGAGACUCAUCUACCAAGAUGAAAAAUGACCUAGGACAAUUGGAUAUCUCUACAGAGGACAAACACAAACAGAUUGAAAGCCUGGCUGUACCUGUGGAAAACCAUGUAAAUAAUAUGGAUAAUGGAUUUGUAAAUGAAAUAUUUAAUCAACAGGACAUACUUAGUUCUGAAAAACUUAACAUGAAGAGUGAUGGGAUUAAUAAACCAGCUGACAAAUUCCUCUGCAGCCAAGAUACCUGCUUAAGUAAUGUAGACAAAGCAACAGUUGAUCAGCUGACAUAUACUCUUAGAGAAAGUGAAAAUGUAGUUCUUGAAGUCAAAAUGCAGCCAUGUACACAAGAUUGUGAUGAAGACUCUGGGAAACAUCAGAGAUUAUCAGAACAGACUACUUCUGAAGAAUCAACAUGUACUUAUUUACCUCAACUGCAACUGCACUCCUACAAUAUACAUUUUCCGUCUUCCAUAAUGAUGCAGCAUAGAAAUUCUGUGUUAUCUCUUGGUAUCAACUCUUCUGAUGAAGCAGUCAAUACGAAUGUUGAAAUAAUACCAGUACUGACGCCAUCAUUCCCUUCAGGUGCAGGUGCAAAUAAUUGUGUUUCUUGUGACCAAAUUAAAGAAAUUAUUAAUAGUUCUGUAUCACCACAAGUCCUACCAGGUUGCUGUGGGGAAUCUUGUAACGGUAUCAGCACUGUGCCUCAAGAUACUGCUGCUUUCUGUGAUGAACUUGCAGAGGUGAGAGAAGCAGUUGUCAGCAUUAUUUCUAAUAAUCCUGAAGAAGUAGUGUGUCAAAGUACAAAUGAUGGAGAACACAGACACAGCUUGCCUGCUUCACAAAAUGCAGUGGAGGAACCCAGCUGUUCACAGAAAAAUUAUUCCAGUCCUCAAGUGGUUAUCUUUCAGCUGAAGGGUGGUACUCAUAUACUCUGUGUAAACAAUACUGACACAAUGAAAACUGUUAAUUUGGUCCCCCAGUAUCAAGAUCAGCAUAAAUAUCUUCCAUCAGAUUCAACUGAUUCUGUGACAUCUGUACUGGAACAAUUUUUACCAGUUGGAGGGAAACUGAAUACCUGUGCUCAAGAGCUUGGUAAUGGAUCCUUAUGCAUAUGUCAUCCAGAUUCACAUAUUCAAGAACCAACAAAACUGACUCUGGUUGGGUUGCCUUUCGGUUCCUGGGAUACAAAGUCUAAAAAGCCAUGCAACUGUACUAAAUCACAGUGUCUCAAGUUAUACUGUGAUUGUUUUGCCAGUGGUGAUUUCUGCAGUAACUGCAACUGCAAUAAUUGUUAUAACAAUCCACAGCAUGAAAUAGAACGGUUUAAAGCAAUUAAGGCUUGUCUCGACAGAAACCCAGAAGCUUUCCUGCCAAAGAUUGGAAAAGGGAAAAUGGGGGAUAUUAAGCCUCGACAUAAUAAAGGAUGUAACUGUAAGCGUUCAGGGUGCCUGAAGAACUACUGUGAAUGCUUUGAGGCUAAAAUUAUGUGUUCAUCAAUCUGCAAAUGUGUUGGCUGUAAAAAUUAUGAAGAAAGUCCAGAUCGGAAAACACUAAUGAAUAUGCCAAAUUAUAUGGAGAUUAGAAAUGAGGAAAAUGACUCUAUAUCAUUUUCUACUUCUGAAAUAUUAUCAAAAACCAGAAAAGACGGGCAGUCUAAUACAUGUAUAUCAUGGGAAGUGGUUGAGGCAACAUGUGCCUGUCUCCUGGCUCAAGCUGAAGAGGCAGAAAAAGAAUCUUAUACUGUUUGCCUAGCUGAACAAAUGAUUUUGGAAGAAUUUGGGAGAUGCUUAUCACAGAUUCUACACUCUGAAUUUAAAUCCAAGGGGCUAAAAGUUGAAUAAUGUGCCUUAGCUACAAAAACACAAUAUGGCUUGAGAUAGCCUUUUACAAUAUUUAUAAAAAUCAUCCUUGUUGAUAUAUCACACCAUCUAUUCAUUAUUUUAAUCUCAUAC